AAUGUUGGUGUGAGCAUCACAUGAAGUGAUGGUGGUAAAGCAAAAAACCCAUCCUUUGCGCGAAAACCCUGAAAUAGAAAACGGUUUUUGGGCAAAACCCCAAAUCAAGGUUUGUGGUUUCCCUGUAUAGUCGCUCGACCUCAUAUUACAUGAUUUUUGGCUCUUCCUCCUCUCACUACAAAUACAAAGGAUGUAUGUAUCUCUCUCUCUCAUUUACUAUAUAUAUCUGAGAGUGGUGGCAUCUGACGACUGCUCCAACCAUGGACCUGGAAGCCGGCUCCUCCCAUCUCAACUCUUCUCCCCAACACCACUUCUCUGAUCUUUUCCACAUUCCCAAUACCAAGAAUGUAUCUUUCCACGCUCUUAAACGCUGGAGGGAAGCUGCACUUGUGCUUAAUGCUUCACGCCGAUUUAGGUAUACUCUCGACUUGAGAAAAGCCCAAGAGAAAGAACAAAGAAGAAGGAUGAUCAGAGCACAUGCUCAAGUCAUAAGAGCCGCACUACUUUUUAAACUUGCUGGACAACGAGCUAUUGUGUUGGGUACCGAAGUUGCUCCUCUACCUCCUCGUGGUGACUAUGGAAUUUCACUUGAACAGCUAGCUUCAGUGACUAGGGAUCACAAUCUUUCUGCACUGCAACAAUACGGAGGAGCCAAAGGCUUAUCAGAGAAGUUGAAAACAGAUGUUGAUUCAGGAAUUGCUGAUGAUGAUAUUGAAUUGUCAAAAAGAAAAAAUGUAUUUGGGGCAAAUACGUAUCCCAUGAAAAAGGGUCGCAGUUACUUGAGAUUCCUUUGGGAGGCUUGGCAAGAUCUGACUCUCAUCAUCUUAAUUGUAGCUGCUGUACUAUCACUGGCACUUGGAAUACACACAAAGGGCCUGAAAGAAGGAUGGUAUGAUGGUGGAAGCAUAACUUUUGCCGUACUUCUUGUUAUUUUUGUAACAGCAACAAGUGACUACAGACAGUCCUUGCGAUUUCAGAACUUAAAUGAAGAAAAACGAAAUAUCCAAGUAGAGGUUAUAAGAGACGGCAGAAGGGAUAAAAUUUCAAUAUACGAAAUUGUUGUUGGUGAUUUUGUUCCUCUCAGGAUAGGCGAUCAGGUUCCUGCAGAUGGAGUCUUGAUCUCUGGUCAUUCUCUGGCAAUUGAUGAGUCUAGCAUGACUGGUGAAAGCAAGAUUGUAAACAAAAAUCAAAAGGCACCUUUCUUGAUGGCUGGUUGCAAGGUAGCAGAUGGUGCUGGAACCAUGCUUGUAACUGGUGUAGGAAUCAAUACUGAAUGGGGAUUGUUGAUGGCGAGUAUAUCAGAGGAUACUGGUGAAGAAACUCCUUUGCAGGUGCGUUUGAAUGGGGUUGCCACCUUUAUCGGCAUUGUUGGCCUUGCUGUUGCUCUCUUUGUGCUCAUUGUUCUUUUGAGCAGGUUCUUCACUGGGCAUAGCAAAAAUCCAGAUGGGACUACCCAGUUUGUUCAUGGACAGACCAGUGUUGGUAAAACAAUGGAUGGAGUUGUACAUAUCAUCACUGCAGCUGUCACAAUUGUGGUUGUUGCUGUCCCUGAAGGUCUUCCUUUAGCUGUUACAUUGACUUUAGCAUGCUCAAUGAAGAAAAUGAUGGCUGACAAGGCUUUGGUGCGCAGACUUUCAGCUUGUGAAACUAUGGGCUCUGCUACAACUAUUUGUAGUGAUAAAACUGGAACACUGACUCUGAAUCAGAUGACAGUCGUAGAAGCCUAUGUCGGGAAAAAGAAGCUCGACUCACCUGAAGAUGGUUCACAGUUGCAUUCAGCUGUUUCUUCUCUUCUGGAUGAGGGCAUAACUCAGAAUACAUCUGGCAGUGUCUUUACUUCUAAGGAUGGCAAGGGAACAGAGGUUUCAGGCUCUCCCACUGAAAAAGCCAUUCUUUCAUGGGGCGUCAAGAUUGGAAUGAAGUUCGAUGUUGUCAGAUCACAAUCCAUAGUUCUUCAUGUCUCUCCUUUUAAUUCUACAAAGAAGAGAGGAGGUGUUGUAGUUAGAGAGCAGAGUGGCUCUCAAGUUCAUAUGCAUUGGAAAGGUGCAGCUGAAAUUAUACUGGCAUCUUGUACUGGAUACCUUGAUUCAAAUGGCUGCUUGCAAUCCAUUGAAAAGGAGAAGGAUUUUUUGAAAGAAGCCAUUGAAGAUAUGGCAGCAAAAAGUUUGAGGUGUGUUGCCAUUGCAUACCAAACUUGUAAUGUGAAUGAGGUUCCAACUGAUGAAGAACAACUGGCUCAAUGGAUUCUACCAGAAGAUGACCUUAUUUUGCUUGCUAUACUCGGUAUAAAGGAUCCUUGUCGUCCAGGUGUCAAAGAUGCAGUGAGACAGUGCAGUGAUUCUGGUGUUAAGGUGCGGAUGGUAACUGGAGAUAAUAUUCAAACAGCUAGAGCAAUUGCCUUGGAGUGUGGAAUUUUAAGUUCAAAUACUGAAGUCACAGAAUUUGAAGUUAUUGAGGGGAAAACCUUCCGUGAGUUGUCUGAGAAGGAGAGAGAACAAGUUGCAAACAGAAUGUCGGUUAUGGGAAGGUCAUCACCAAGUGACAAGCUUUUGCUUGUGCAAACUCUGCGUAAACUAGGGGAAGUCGUUGCUGUUACUGGAGAUGGAACUAAUGAUGCUCCUGCACUGCAUGAGGCCGACAUAGGCCUUUCCAUGGGCAUCCAAGGAACAGAAGUCGCAAAAGAAAGCUCUGACAUCAUUAUCUUGGAUGAUAAUUUUGCUUCAGUAGUGAAGGUUGUACGCUGGGGUCGUUCUGUUUAUGCAAAUAUUCAGAAAUUCAUUCAGUUCCAGCUCACUGUUAAUGUCGCAGCUCUUGUAAUCAAUGUUGUGGCAGCAGUUUCUUCUGGUGAUGUUCCUCUAAACACAGUGCAGCUUCUUUGGGUCAAUCUCAUUAUGGAUACUCUGGGAGCACUAGCUUUGGCUACUGAACCACCAACUGACCAUCUUAUGCAUAGACCUCCUGUUGGUCGAAGGGAACCUCUGGUGACAAAUAUCAUGUGGAGGAACUUGCUUAUUCAGGCUCUCUACCAAAUCGGAAUCCUUCUUCUACUCAAUUUCCAGGGCAAGAGCAUUCUCAGCUUAGAGAAUGAUGACCCAAAACAUGCUAAUAUGGUGAAGAAUACCUUAAUUUUCAAUGCAUUUGUUUUCUGCCAAAUAUUCAAUGAGGUUAAUGCUCGAAAGCCAGAUGAAAUGAAUGUCUUUACUGGCGUGACCAAAAAUCCCCUCUUUACUGGGGUUGUGGGAACUACUUUUAUACUUCAGAUCAUUAUCAUUGAGUUACUUGGAAAAUUUACGUCGACGGUUGGACUGAGUUGGAAAUUAUGGAUGGUUUCACUUGUCAUUGGUAUUAUCAGUUGGCCUCUUGCUGCUGCGGGAAAAUUGAUCCCAGUUCCAAAGACCCCUGUGGCUAAGGUCUUCAUCAAGUUAUAUCAGCGAUGCAUUGCAUAAUUCAGCUGCACUACUUGGUUGUAUAUAAUAUGUAUAGUACGAGAAUAGUUCUGAAUUGGAAGGAAAAAAAAUGUAUAGACUAGUGCCCAUUAGCUAGAUUUGAUAAAUGCUGAUUAUUUAUUAGGAAGAGAAGCCCCAAAAAAGAUUAGAAAGCAUGUUGCAUGAUGUAUAAAGUAAUUUGUAUAUGUUAUUGACAGGUGUACGUAGUACAUGACAAAUAUCUAUAUAUUCUUUUACCGAACAAGAGUUAGUAAUUUUA